UUGAAGAGGAAUCCAUGAGUGUGACCAGCCGUGCAUUAUUGUUUACUGACGAACUUUCUUCUCCAACGUCCAUGUUGGGCUUACCUUACUUGUUACUUUACUCACUCACUGGGAGUAUUCAGUAGAUAUAUUGCGAUGCGUUUGACUUUAGCUCUGUUGGCGAGGCGAAAAGCUCGCGGACCCACAUCGAUCGGUGUGAAAGGGCGAAACUGGAUUGGGCCUGAUAAGCGGCAACGCUCAAUCAGCAUUCAGCAAUGGAGGAACUGGGAAGGAAGGAAGCAGAUUGAGGCUAACUCACUGGCGCUUUUAGAGCGGCCCACAUUCCUGACAGCGUUGGAGGACCGUAUCCUCGAUGGCAGUACUCUCUACGACAGAGACACGAAGCACGAACAUGCGCUCCGCGAGGUGCAACGAAAACACGUAACCCUGCGCGUCAAGCUUGGCCAUUUGAGUCCGAUGUGCUGAUGCGGGCCAUCUGCUUGUCAAGACGACUCCGCUGUUUGUACAUAUUUUUGCCAACUCCCCGCUGAACAAUAUCUAUUUGCAGUACAUGUAGUAUGAAAUUUGACAUAAUUAUUAUCUUGAAUCCUGUGCCAUUUUGACCAGCUGUUCUCAUACAGGAUUUUUGCAAGUUGUACAGUUCUUUUGAUUGUGAGAUCAGUGUGAAGACCAGCAGCCCUUGCCACUGGUAUAUUAAAAAAUAGUACUUGAAAUAGGAUGGUGUAUUGCAGUGUAUAAGCCGUGUGAUGUUAACGUUCCGAGUGGUCACCUUCGUUCAACUAACGUUGUUACUUGCCCUGCUCGGGCUUCUCCAGA